CUUGGACCAAUGGAAAAGAAAAAUUUUUAAAGGAGGAAUUUAGAAGAUUGGGUACAAAGGGCCUCUUGACGCCUAUGAAGCGGAGACUGGAAAUACUUAGAGAGAGAAGAAAGCCGUAGAAAUGGAGACGAAGAGGGCUCAUCAUGUUGUGGUGGUUCCCUACCCAAGCCAAGGCCACUACAAUCCAAUGCUCCAAUUCUCUAAGCGAUUGGUCUCUAAAGGCCUCAAAGCCACUUUAGCCAUAACCCGCUUCAUCUCCAGAUCCCUCAACCACAACAACCCUCCUGGAUCCGUCCAGAUCGACACCAUAUCCGACGGUUUCGACGACGGCGGCGCCAAGGAGGACUACGUCAAAAGGUUUCAAGCCGCUGGAUCCAAGACCCUAGCCGACCUUAUCAUCAAGUACAAGAACACUUCACACCCCGUUGAUUGCAUAGUGUAUGAUGCGGUCUUGCCAUGGGCCUUGGAUGUGGCCCAACAGUUUGGGCUUGUUGGGGCUGCAUUUGUCACUCACAUGGCUGCUGUUAAUUACAUCUACUACAAUGCUCACCACAAAUUGUUGCCAUUGCCGGUUGUUUCAUCGCCGGUGACCAUUCCGGGGCUGCCGCCGCUGGAAAUCCGGGACCUGCCGUCGUUUAUAUAUGCGGCAGAUUCCUAUCCAGCAUACUUGGAGUUGGUGUUGGCACAAUUCUCUAACAUGAACAAAGCUGAUUAUGUUCUUGUCAACACAUUCUACAAACUAGAGGAGCAGGUGGUGGAUGCAAUGUCAAAAGUUUGGGGUUGUCCAUUAUUGACAAUUGGUCCUACAAUCCCAUCAUUGUACUUGGAAAAUAGGCUUCAAGUGGACAAUGACUAUGGUCUUAAUCUCUUCCAGUUGGACUCAUCCAUGUCAAUCGAUUGGCUCAACAAUAAGCCACCAAGGUCUGUCAUAUAUGUGUCCUUUGGAAGUAUGGCCGACCUGAAUGACAAGCAAAUGGAGGAACUUGCACAUGGGUUCAAGAGAAGCAACUUCUACUUCUUGUGGGUGAUUAGGGAUUCUGAAGAAUCAAAAAUCCCAAGAGGAUUCAAAGAAGAGACAUCCAAAUCCAAUGUGGGUUUGAUAGUGAAUUGGAGUCCCCAAUUGGAAGUGCUAGCUGAUGAGGCAAUUGGGUGCUUUUUCACACAUUGUGGUUGGAACUCAACAAUUGAGGCAUUGAGCUUGGGUGUACCAGUGGUGGCAAUGCCACAAUGGACUGACCAGACAACAGAUGCUAAGUUUGUUGAGGAUGUUUGGAAAGUGGGUGUUAGAGUUAGGGUUGAUGACAAUGGGAUUGUGAGUAGAGAAGAGAUUGAAAGUUGUAUUAGAGAUGUAAUGGAAGGGGAAAGAGGCGGAGAAAUGAAAAAGAAUGCUAAGAAAUGGAAGGGAUUGGCAAUUGAGGCAGUGAGUGAAGGUGGGACUUCUGAUACAAAUGUUGACAAGUUUGUUUCUAAGUGGGUGUCAUAGACGUUAGUUUUUGUAAAAUUGAAGUCUGAAAGUUUGUACUAACCGGUUUUCGUC